GAGGGCCGAGGGGGCGGCGCUGCGCUGACUGGGAAGUCGCGGGGCGGCUGUAGGCGGUCGGUGCCGGUUUGUGUGGAGGAGGUUACUGACUUAUUCAGAACCACAGUUUGUUAGUGGCGAAGACUGGAAGUUGUGUCUCCCGACUCCAGAGAGACUGCCUGCUUUUCCACACGAGGAAAGUUUUAUAGGGCAGGAGCAUUCAGGAGCCACCAGGCAGGCCAGCUCUUUUAGGACCUCAUUCCUCCUGUAACUCAGCACAGCACCAGAGUUGUCUACACUUUUCCAAGACAGCAGAAAAUGAACAAAUGCCAGAUUGAACAGAAAUCCCAGGGAUCAGUAUCAUUUAAGGAUGUGACCGUGGGCUUCACCCAGGAGGAGUGGCACUGCUUGGACUCAAGUCAGAGGUCCCUGUACAGGGACGUGAUGCUGGAGAACUACAGCCACCUUGUCUCAGUGGGGUCCUGUGCUACCAAACCAGAGGUGAUCUUCAGGCUGGAGCAAGGAGAGGAGCCAUGGAUAUCGGAGGAAGAAUUCCCAAGCCAGAGCCUUCCAGAAGUCUGGGAAACUGAUCACAAGAAAGGAAGGAGGCAAGAAAACCAGCGCAAACCUAUGUGGGAAGUUGCAUUCAUCAGUAAGAAAACGCCGACCAGGGAACGAGGUAAAGUAAUAGGAAAACCAUUUAACCUGGACACAAAUUCGUUUCCUUCCAGAGAAAGCCUCUGUCAGUGUGACUCAUAUGGAGUGAAUUUCAGCUGUAUUUCUGAAUUGUGUAUCUAUAUGAAAAACUAUUUAGGAAAAAAGACUGAUGAAUUUAAUGACUGUGGAAAAUUACUACUCAGUAUUGAACACAAGAAAACUCCUACUAGCGAGAAAAGUGAAUUUUUUAAACAUGGGGAAACUUUCAGUCAGGAUGAGGACCCUGUUGAUCAUGAGAAGAUUCAAAGUGUAGAUCAAACAUUUGAAUAUAACAUAUAUCAAGAAACCUUCCCCGAAAAGGCAACUUUGAGUACGUACAAGAGAGAGAUCACUGAAGAGAAUCACUCUGAAUGUAUUGAAUAUGGGAGAACCUUCUUUCCUAACUCCUCUUUCCUGUUACAUCACAUGAAUGCCUCCGAAGAAAAUCACUGUGGACUGGGUACUUGUGGGAAAUCGUUAUGUGUUACGUCUACCCUUUUGAAACCUCAUGGGGCACGUAUGAAACCCUCGGAGUGUAGUGAGAGUGGGGAUCAUUUCCGGGGGGAUUUAUGCCUUCCACAACUUCAAAAAAAUCAUAAAGGAGAGAAACACUUUGAAUGCAAUGAAUGUGGGAAAGCCUUUUGGGAGAAGUCCCACCUCACUCGACAUCAGAGGAUACACACGGGAGAGAAACGCUUUCAGUGUAAUGAAUGUGGAAAAACUUUCUGGGAGAAGUCAAAUCUCACGAAACAUCAGAGAUCACACACAGGGGAGAAGCCCUAUGUGUGCAACGAAUGUGGUAAAGCCUUCAGCCACAAGUCAGCCCUCACGUUACACCAGAGAACACACACAGGGGAGAAACCCUAUCUGUGUAGUGCAUGUGGAAAAACUUUUUACCAGAAGUCAGACCUCACCAAACACCAGAGAACACACACAGGGUUGAAACCCUAUGAAUGCUAUGAAUGUGGGAAAUCUUUCUGUAUGAAUUCACACCUUACAGUGCAUCAGAGAACUCAUACAGGAGAGAAACCAUUUGAAUGUCCUGACUGUGGGAAAUCUUUCUGUCAGAAGUCACAUCUUACACAACAUCAGAGAACCCAUGUAGGGGAUAAGCCCUACAAAUGUAAUGCAUGCGGGAAAACUUUCUACCACAAGUCAGUUCUCACUAGGCAUCAGAUAAUUCAUACAGGGUUGAAACCUUAUGAAUGUUACGAAUGUGGAAAAACCUUCUGCUUGAAGUCUGACCUCACAGUGCAUCAGAGAACUCACACAGGGGAGAAACCCUUUGUGUGUCCUGAAUGUGGGAAAUUCUUCAGCCAUAAGUCUACCCUCUCUCAACAUUACAGGACACAUACAGGAGAGAAACCCUUCGAAUGUCACGAAUGUGGAAAAAUAUUCUAUAAUAAAUCGUAUCUAACUAAACACAAUAGGACACACACAGGGGAGAAACCCUACGAAUGUAAUGUAUGUGGGAAAACUUUCUGCCAGAAGUCUCAGCUCACUCAGCACCAGAGAAUCCACAUAGGAGAGAAACCCUAUGAGUGUAAUGAAUGUGGAAAGGCUUUCUGUCACAAAUCAGCUCUAAUUGUGCACCAGAGAACUCAUAGAGAAGAAAAGCCCUAUAAAUGUAAUGAAUGUGGGAAGUCUUUCUGUGUGAAGUCAGGGCUUACUUUACAUCAGAGAAAACACACAGGGGAGAAACCCUAUGAAUGUAACGAAUGUGGGAAAUCCUUCAGUCACAAAUCAUCACUCACAGUGCAUUAUAGGGCUCACACAGGGGAGAAAUCUUGUCAGUGUAAUGAAUGUGGGAAAAUUUUUUACCGAAAAUCAGACCUUGCUAAGCAUCAGAGGUCACACACAGGUGAGAAGCCCUAUGAAUGUAACACAUGUGGAAAAACUUUCUCUCAGAAGUCAAACCUCAUUGUACAUCAGAGAACACAUACAGGAGAAAAUCUUAUGAUUGCAGUGGGUGUUAGGAAUGUUGAGCUGUGGUUCAGUAGCCGCUAUGCUUCAGAGAACGCACGCUGUAGAAGAAGUAAUGUCGAUGUUCUGAAUGUUGAGUAACCUUCAUCCACAAACUGGCCUUAUUUUACCCCGAAGCAGACUGGAAAACAUAUAGGACAGUCUUGUUAAAUAAUAUUCCGUUGAAUGUACCCUAGCAAAUGUGGGUAUAAAACCUUGCAGAAUUUUGCUUUUGUGAAUGUUUUUUUUUUUCUUUUUUUUUGUGGCAAAAAUACAAACUAGGUUGUCAGAAUUUCUAUUAAGGAGAAAUCUUCAAUUUGAGACAUAGCUUGAAGAUUGUGUUUAGAAGUAAUAUAACAUUGGAACUUGUGGUUUGGUUUUGAUGCCAUAUUUGUCUUUAGGAAACAUGAGAAAUUGUAAUUUAUAGUUGAAUAUUGUGCAAUGUACAAACAAAAAAUAGUAGUAAAAUGAAACAAUGAAUUUAAAA